AUUAAAUUAUCAGUUUUAGAAAUUGCAUUUGAUAAUUAUGUUUAACUCAAACUAAUAAGUAAUAAUAUGCUUAUUAGGAGAUUAAAACUAUUAGUUUUUUUCAGUUUAUUUUAAGAUAUUUAACAAUAAGGUUCGUGAGCCAUGGCAUCCAAUACAAUUUUAGUAUAUUUCUACAUAGCACUAACUUUCGUUUCUAUUGUACUGGCACAGCUAAUACCAAUUGGAACGAAACAGACAUAUCAAAUAAAAAACCAGGUAAAUAUUAAAGAGAUCCGAAACACAUCAUACCUAACGGGCUAUGAAUUCAAUACUUUAUUAAAAGUGUCAUCAAUAUGGCACACAAAUGAAGGAGAAACACAAUUAUUACAUUUUGAACUAGAUCCUUUCAAUAAAAUUGGAACAAUAAUAUCACGAAAUAAAAAUGACAUCCCGCAGUACAAAUCUCAAAAUAUUCCUGAUUUAGGAAAAUUGAAGCAUUUAGAGUUUUAUCUUUAUUUAAGUGGAGGUGAAAUUAAAGAGUUUUUCGCACAUAAAGACGAUAAAAAUGCAUUUUCACUUAAUUUUAAAAGAGGUUUAGGUAGUAUUUUUCAAGUACAAAUUAAGAAUCAUGCACAAAUAACACAUGAGAGUGAUUUGCUUGGAAUAUGUAGUGUUUUAUACGAUUUCAAAUCUUCAACUUAUUUCACGAAAAAGAAAUUUUCUUGUAGGGGCUGGAAUUUAAAAGUUGGACGAAGAUAUGAAAGUGCUAUGGAUAUUAACCUUUCAUCACGGCAAGAUAUACAUUACAAGCUUACUCAGGAUUUUAUAUUACGUAGUGUGGAUGCUACAGAAAUACAUGAUAUAAAUGUUGCUUCUAAAAAUGAUAUUGGCUCAAAAAUUGAAUCUCAUAUUGUAAUUGAUCAUGUAGCCUCAGAUAUUUCUGAACAAAAAUUAUCUGAUUCACAUAAUGAUAUUAUUGAUAAACUCAAAACUUUUCAAUCCUACGAUGUUGAAGGAGAUAUUGAUGGUCAGAUUUCUAAAAUUAAUUCUAAUUUAAAAACACAUUUGUUGGCCUACCAAGAGGAAAUGAAUAAUUUGAACAUCGGUAAAUUGUCUACUGCGUACAUAUUUGCACAACUACUUCCAAUUUCUCGAAUAACUAAAACUAACGAAUUCGAAAAAAUAUUAAAAUCAAAAAAAAUGGCUGAAAAUCUUGAUCAAAUUGUUGAUCUUAUGGGAGCUACCCAAACUAUGGAUGCACAUAUUGCAAUUAUGAAAGUUUUUCAAUUUGAAAAUGAAGACGAUUUCGAAAUAAUAGAGCGUUAUUUACAAGCAUUAUCGAUAGCUAGUCGUCCAGAAAAAUCUAUAUUCUUAGAUUUAUAUGAUAUUCUUAUGCUAAAAUAUUCUGAUCAUGAUGAUUCAAAGUUGUACGAUACCUUAUUACAAACUUUAGCGUCUAUUGCACAUAAAUAUAGUUUUAUAAGUCCAGAUAUGUUUGAAGACUCAAUUAUUAUUAAAAUUAAAGACUAUAUUUUACACAAGUUAAAUACUUGUCAAGAUUUUAAAUGUAAAUCUGUUUAUAUUCGUGGUCUACAAAAUUUAAAAGAUCCGUCUACUAUCCCAACAUUACUUGAAAUUGCUUUAGGACAGGAUAAUUCAGCUUCAGUUCAAGCCAUGAAAGCUUUAAAAACUUUUAAUGUAAAACUGUUUACAAAGAAAGAUAGAAAUUUGUUUGAAAAAAUAUUUUAUCAAAUUUCUCAAAAAUUUGAUUCCACAGCUCGAAUAUCAGCGUUAGAUAUUUUAUUGUCAAUGAAACCAUCUAAAACUGAGCUUACACAUUUAUUAGAAUAUGUCGGAUCAAAUGAUAAAGCAUUCGAGAUUAAAAGAUAUACAAUAGAAAAACUUAAUUUGCUCGCUUCAAAGUGCCCGAAAUUCAAAUUAUUGUUUGAAGAUACUUUAAAAAAUAGACCAGAUCUAUAUAAUUACAAUUUGCUUGGACAGAAAGGUCUCUCUUCUGUUCUGGAACGAAAUUUGGCAGUUAAACCAGCCUUUAAUGAGAGUCUGUUGAGUGCACAAGAAAUAUUUAACGGCGUACUCAAACAAGGUGACGUUGAUUAUCUUUUGAAAACUGAAAAGGGCGAGAUAAGUACAUUCAAGCUUGGGCUUUUUACCACUGGUUUAUCUACUUUCAUUUCCAAUAGCGAAGAAGAAGUUGAAGAAGAAUCACAAGAAAUUAAAGCUGGAAUGGAAAUCACAAUUCAAAAUACUCAUUUAAGACCAUUAAUAUUUUUUAAUGGUCACUCUGAACUAAUGGGACAUGUUUGGAGUGGAACAGCAAGUGAACCUACCACAGCAUAUAAAGCUACAGUAAUUCAGCAAGAUCAUGAAGAAUAUAUUUUAUUGCAAAAUGGAAUAACAAUAUAUAUGCAAAUUGUUGGUGCAAAAUCUAUAGAUUUAAAUGGAAAAAUUGAAUUUAGUUUAUGGAAUCGUAAUGCUCAUACCGAAAUUAUCAAAAAAUCUGGAGAAGUAAUUUUGGGUUCUUUAACUUUAGGCUCAUCAUUUAUCAAAAUAAAAAAUGAAUUUUUAACUGAAUCAAAUCCGAAAAUAAACGUCAAUGCAGAUGUUGAUUUUUACUCAGAUAUUAAAUUGUGUAUACAAUUAGAAAAACCAAAAUCUAGUCUAAGACAUCGAAUUCAAAAUACUCUUCAAAUCUUGGGAGAAAAAAAGAAUGAAAUUAAUGUAAUUAAAAUUACUACCAAACUCCCUGGUAAAACUUUGGCUUUAAACCAAAAAAAUAACGAAAUGUGUAAUAUGAUUGGAUAAGAGAUUAUUUCAAUGUUCCUUUUUUAUUUAUAACUGAAUAUUUUUAUAAUGUAUUUAAAAAUAAAUGAAUAUUUUUCUUAUAAAAGAA